AAGAUGCUGAUGAAGCAGCAGGACCGCCUGGAGGAGCGGGAGCAAGACAUAGAAGAGCAGCUCUACAAGCUGGAAUCGGACAAGCGGCUGGUCGAGGAGAAGGUGAGCCAGCUGAAGGACGAGGUGCGCCUGCAGUACGAGAAGAUGCACCAGAUCUUGGAUGAGGACUUGCGGAAGACCAUGGAGAUCCUGGACAAGGCCCAGGCCAAGUUCUGCAAUGAGAACGCGGCCCAGGUCCUCCACCUCAACGAGCGCAUGCAGGAGGCCAAGAAGCUUCUCAGCUCUGUCCAGGUCAUGUUUGACAAAACCGAGGACAUCAACUUCAUGAAGAACACCAAGUCUGUGAAAAUCUUAAUGGACAGGACCCAGAACUGUACAGGUGGCAGCCUGCCCCCGCCCAAAAUCGGCCACCUCAACUCCAAACUCUUCCUGAAUGAGAUCGCCAAGAAGGAGACGCAGCUCAGGAAGUUGCUGGAAGGCGG